ACAUUAGACAUAUGAUAUAUAAAUAAUACUGUUACUUCUUUCAAAUUGAGUUUGACCAAACCUGUGUGUAUAUAAAUAUAGUUGUCAAUGUUAUCCUAAACUUAAGUCACAUUCUGUUCUAGUGAUAUUAUAUUGGUUUUGGUGUUAGAAGUACUGAAUAUAAUUCCUAAUAGUCAAUAGUUGAUCUGUUUUCUCAAUAUUCAUCCCAAAAAAAAGACCAUUUCUCUCUCUCUCUCUCUCUCUCUCUCUCUCUCUCUCUCUCUCUCUCUCUCUCUCUCCAUAAACUCAGAAAUUGUCAGAAAUUGGUGGUACAGGUUUAGACAGAGAAGCCCAAAAUGAAGAUGGGUGGUGAAGCUGGUUUAAACAACAUGAGAGCAGAACAAGAAGUACACCAAGGGAAACUCACUAUUCAUCUUCUCAUAACUUGCAUUCUAGCUACAAUUGGAGGCUUAAUACUAGGUUCAGUCACAGUUCCAGGUUUGGUUACAGCCACAGAAGGAUACUAUGAAAUGUUCGGUGAAUACAUAUACAUAAAAGAAAACAAUUUCGAAUAUUAUUGCAAGUAUGAUGCAAGAAUGACAUUUGGAGUGUUCUUGAUAGUAUACCUCCCUGGUAUAGGAGCUGCAUUCAUAGCUUCUCCUAUUACAAGAAAAUAUGGUCAUAAAAAGAGUAUAAUAGUCAGUGCAGCCAUUUUUUGUGUCUCAGCAGCUCUAUUACUUGCCUCCACAAAAAUAACUUCUACUAUUAUCAUAGGCCAAGUCUUGCUUGGUCUAGGAAUUGGUUUUGGAGCUCAGGCAAUUCCUUUGUAUCUAUCAGAGAUAGCCCCAACACAUUUCCGAGGAGGCUCAAACUUCAUGUUUCAGUUAGCGAUUUCCAUUGGAAUGUUGACAACAAACAUUGUCAACUAUGCAGCUAGAUACCUCGAACCGUGGAGUUUGGAUAUCUACAAGGGCUAUACAGUCUCAUUCGGUUUUGUUGCAGCACUCGCGUUGUUGAUGAUAGUGACAGCAAUAUUCCUUACUGAAACACCCAAUAGCUUAGUUCACCGAGGAUCGAAAGAGAAAGGGAGAGAAGUGUUGGAGAAACUCAGAGGAACUGAACAAGUAGAGGCAGAGUUUCAAGACAUGGUUGCUGCAAGUGAACUUGCUAGUACAGUUAAGACUCCUUUUAGAAGCAUUUUUUGGAGAAAGAACAGGCCGCAACUUGUCUUGGCAAUCUUCAUGCCUAUGUUUCAAAGCCUUACAGGCAUAAAUUCUCUGCUUUAUUACACAUCACUCUUGUUUUUAAACAUGGGAUACGAAAGAAAGUCUCUCUUGUAUUCUUCAGUCAUAAUUGGAGCAACUCUUGUUCUUUCAACAAUGCUAUCUAUGACAGUAGUUGACAGAUUUGGCCGCAGAGUUCUACUUAUUAGUGGUGGACUUGUAAUGCUUAUAUGCCAGAUUAUAAUAGCCAUAAUCUUGGUGGGAAAGGUUGGAGAUAAUCAGAACUUGUCAAGAACAUUAUUCAUAGUGUUGAUAGUUGUUAUAUGUCUCUUUGCUCUGGCUUUUGGAUGGUCAUGGGGACCCCUUGCCUGGACAAUACCAAGUGAAAUAUUCCCAUUGGAAAUCAGAUCAACUGGACAAAGCAUUGCAGUAGCUGUGAACUUCAUUUUCACCUCAUUUGUUGCAGAUUCUUUCCUUCCUUUGCUUUGUGUGUUAAAAUUUGGACUCUUUCUUUUCUAUGCUGGUUGGAUCCUUGUUAUGACCAUCUUUGUUUCGAUGUUUCUGCCUGAGACUAAAGGUGUGUCUAUUCAUGAUAUGGCUUCAGUUUGGAGAAAGCAUUGGUUUUGGAAGAAGAUUGUGCCUGCACAGCAUGGAAUAUUAUGAGUUUUGUAAACUUAUCAUUGUAUAGAUGUGAAAUGUCAAUUUAUUUUGAAUAUUUAGUGUAAAUUAAAUAUUGGUUUUAUUGUAAAAUAUUAUUUUUAUGGCUGAUUUGUAUAUUUUAGGAAAUAUUUUCAUAAAAGAGAAAAAAUUCUUUUUAUGAAAUAUUGAAUAAAUGGUCUUUAUAUGGUAUAAUUGGUUUUGAAAGCAGAUUUUGUGAUCUUUUUAUGACAGGAAUUAAUGACAAAAUCUUGAU